CCGCCGCCUCCUCCUCCUCGGUUUUACAAACUUAACACACCCCUGCGGGCGGCGGUGAUGCCGUCCCGCCAGUUGCACGAGAAGCAGCGAAGCUCCAGCCCAGCCGGUCUUUGUUUCCAAAACCUGUUGCGUGGCACAAGAUUCCUUGGAGGGAGGGAGGAAGAGGAGGAGUUGCAGGGGCGUCCUGUUUCACUCCGAGGCCCUUUGAUGCCUCGUCUGCUUCGCUGCGAGCUUCCCAAACGACUCGGCAGGGGUGUGAAAGAGGCAGGAAAGCCCUGUGCCACCGUGUGUUUACUUGACGCUUCCGAGCCGUGCAAGGAGCUGGGCGGGCUUCGUGGAAUGAGGGCGCGGAUCAUCCUCACAGAUGGGAGAGAGAGAAACGUGAGCUGGGAAGAGGGCCGCCAAGGGCCCUUUGUGCACGUCAAAGCGUCCUAAGGGGCAUUCGUCUGCGUCCCCUGCCCCACAGUGCUUGAAGGAGCAAUAACAUUGUUGUUUAGAACACUGGGUGCAAACACUGAACCGACAAGCGUUUCUAUUAGGACUUUUCUUGGAAGCGGGGCGGGGAACUGUCCGGCACAGUCCCGUGCCCCAAGCAUUUGAGAAGUUCCGCCCUCGUGUUACUGAACUGCCAAACCUAAAAGGUCUCCUCUCAAAAGUGUAUUUUCUCCCCACGCCAAAAUUAGUCGUGGCUCAUCCAAAGCUUCCGAGGAAAGUGGGAUCUUUCGGUCCUUCCUGUAUUUCCGACCAUUACAGGAUCUAGAAAUGUCUGCAACACUUCUAUCUGCCUUUUAUGAUAUCGACUUUUUGUGCAAGGGCGACAAAUCCCUGAGCUUGAACAGCAUGCUGGACAAGAAGGCCGUGGGGAGCCCCGUGGGCAGCUCCCCCAGCUCCAACUUCGCGCCGGGCUUCCUGCGGAGGCACUCCACCAGCAACCUGCAGGCGCUGGCGAACGGCAACAACGCCAAGUACCCCGGCGGCUCGUCGGGCUCGUCCUCUUCCUUCGGCAGCCUCAAGGAGCCUGGCAUCGGAGGAGGAGGAGGCGGCGGCGGCGGGAGCAGCAGCCCCACCGCCUUGCUCAACAAGGAGAACAAGUUCCGCGAUCGCUCCUUCAGCGAGAAUGGCGAGCGGAGCCAGCACCUCAUGCAGCAGCUCCAGCAGCAGCAAGUGGUGGUGGUGGCCGCCACCACCGGGAAGGGCGGCGGCAAUGGAGGAGGAGGCGGCGGCGGCGGCGCUCCCAUCAACUCGACGCGCUACAAGACGGAGCUGUGCCGGCCCUUCGAGGAGAGCGGCGCCUGCAAGUACGGCGAGAAGUGCCAGUUCGCCCACGGCUUCCACGAGCUGCGCAGCCUGACGCGCCACCCCAAGUACAAGACGGAGCUCUGCCGCACCUUCCACACCAUCGGCUUCUGCCCCUACGGGCCGCGCUGCCACUUCAUCCACAACGCCGACGAGCGCCGCCCAGCGCCCGCCAACGGCAACGCCAACCCGCCGCCUCAGCAGCAGCCGCCGCCGCCUAACCCGCCGCCGCCUCCGCCUCACAGCAACGGCACCACCAGCAGCCACCACCACCCGCACCCCCUUCACCCGCCGCACGCGGGCAGCACCGGCGACCUCCGCGCCUUCGCCCCCUCCUCGGCCCGGGACCACCCGCUGGGCGGCGGCGGCUUCGGCAUCCCUCACCCGCGAGGAGGCGGCGGCGACAGGCCCAAACUCCACCACAGCCUUAGCUUCUCCGGCUUCUCCGCUCACCAUCACCACCACGGCGGGGCUGUGGCGGCGGUGGCUGCGGCGCAGGGCGGGCUGGAGGCGGCGGCGGCGGCCCUGCUCCUGGAGAGCCCCGGCGGGUCCCGCACCCCGCCGCCGCCCGCCUCGGCAGCCUCCUACUGCGAGGAGUUGGUGGCCUCGCCGCCCUGCGCCAACAACGCCUUCGCCUUCUCGGCCGGGCAGGAGCUGGGCAGCCUCAUCGCGCCCCUCUCCAUCCACGCCCCGCCGCCGCCUCAGCAGGGCUGCUUCGCCAACGCGGCCGCCUUCUACCGCUGCCAGCAGCAGCAGCCAGGAGGCGUGGGCGGCGGAGGGAGCUGCUGCCCGCCGCCCGGCCCUCCUGCGUCGCCGCCCUUCAGCUUCCAGCCUCUGCGCCGCCUCUCGGAGUCGCCUGUCUUCGACGCCCCGCCGAGCCCCCCGGACUCUCUUUCCGACCGUGAGAGUUACCUGAGCGGCUCCCUCAGCUCCGGUAGCCUCAGCGGGUCGGAAUCCCCCAGCCUAGACUCGGGCAGGCGCCUGCCCAUUUUCAGCCGCCUCUCCAUCUCCGACGACUAAGGAGGCGAAAGUGGGGCUGGGGGAACAUUCCCCCCCAAGCUGUCAAUCUUUGGGGACCCCACUGCGUUUUGAGAGGUGGGGGGCAGGCGAGGAGGCCCCCUCAGUGGGGCACCUUACCCCCUCCUUUUCCCUAUUUUUUUUCUUCCUUCCCUACCCCCUUCACUAGAAGCAGAGACUGCAACAGCCUCCAGAAACUAGCCAAGCUCGCACAGAUCUCUUCUUCCCCCCCCUCCUUCAUCUGUUCAGUGUAUGCUUUUUUAGUUGUUUUUUAAAAUCCCUUAAUAGGGAUUAGAAAGCAAAAGAAACUUUUUUUUAUCAAAAGAUGAACAAAAGAUAUCAGUUUGCAAAGCGGCAAAUGAUGUCGUCAACUGAACAAUCUUAUUUUUGUAUCUAAAAGACUUUGGAAGGAGAGGAUUUUCUUUUUCUUUUUUUCCUUAAAAAAAUUUUUUUUUGGAGACAAGUUUAAUGUACACGGCCACCAGCAGCCAUUCCAUCUUCAAGUGUGUAUGUGGGGAAGGGAGGAGACAAAGGGUGAAAUGGAGCAUUAGCUAACAAAAAUCUACCCAGACCCACUCCCCCAGGAAUCAACAAUCAAUCUGGAGGCCCAUGAACUCUGCAUUCCAGGCCCCUCCAGGUCUAUAUACAACAAAAAUGGAAUUCAAGGAGUGUGGCUCUUUGCCUUUCAAUCAAAUUUAAAGUAAAUAUACUAAGUGUAUAAGCUUUUAAAAGAAAAAUCCAACAUCCUGCCAAGAAUAUGCCUUGAUAACACUCUAGUUUUUUAUAUAUCUAUAUAUAUAUUAUAAUAUGCUAAAACUUCCAUUCCAAAGUUUAAUAUUGGUUCCAUUGCCACCACUUAGUGGAUGUUUGGCUUAGAACAAUUUUUGUUGCUUUAUUGGAAGCAUUCAACUGAGUUUAGUUUGUAAUUGUUGGCGAAUAACUGCUGAUUUUUUAAUUUUUUAGCUGUCUGAGUUGAUUGCGCAAGUCACUGCACAACUCAAUAUGAAACUAUUUAACUUAUUUAUUAUCUUGUGAAAAGUAUACAUUGGUAAUUUGUUCAUACUGUAUUUAUCGGGUAUGAUGAAAAGCAAUAGAUAUAUAUUCUUUUAUUAUGUUUAAAUUAUGAUUGCCAUUAUUAAUCGGCAAAAUGUGGAGUGUGUUCUUUUCACAGUAAUAUAUGCCUUUUGUAACUUCACUUGGUUAUUUUAUUGUAAAUGAGUAAAAUUCUUAAUUUAAGAGAUUGUAUGUAAUAUUUAUUUCAUUAAUUUCUUUCCUUGUUUACGUAAAUUUGAAAGAUUGCAUUGGCUUUUUUUAUAGAAAUCUGACUCAAUGCUGUGGAAGUAGUAUGAGAAAUUUCAAUGGGUUUUUAGAAUGUACAAUGGUUGUAACCCGUCCAAGUUAAAAACAAACAAACUACUUUUGCAAUCAGAAUUUAAAGUGGCAAACCUAAUUCAAACAUAAAAUUAACCAAAAAAGUAUUUGUGUUGCCUAACUUCACCAAUCACACUGUGAUAGUUUCAAAGUAUGUAGCAAUAAGGGGGAGGGGGGAGGGAUCCCAGUAUUAUGUCUCACAGUGCCUUCAUAAGGGUCCAUGCUUGCCUUAAAUCUUCCUCAACCAAAUAAGUAUUUUUUUUCUUAAAGCUUGAGAAUUUGAAUGUAGGGCUGGGUUUUUAACUACAAGAAAUUGUGCCACUUGUGUUUUAUAAGUAAGAAGGCCUUUUUUUUUUUUUUGAUCUGAACAUUUUUGCAUAAAUGAUCACAUCUUUGACAAAAUUCCAAAACAUGUAACUUUUGUUCUUGUUUAGAAAGUAAGGAGGUCUCCAAAACUUUCCUGGAGGGUGGAUGAACGAGCAGUACCUUUAAAAGCUUUUUUCUUUGUAAUGUACAUAGGUACAGGUUCAGCACUAUGUACUCUUUGGACUACUUUAACAGAAGUAUGUUUUGAAUGUAACUAGAGCAUAAGUCAACUUGAGUUGUAAUAUAUUUUGGAGAGUCAGUUCACUACAAAUUUGGAGUGUGAGACUGUAAACUUUGUACUGUAAAUGUUUUGUAGUUCUCCCAAUAAAACUUUUGAGGGGAAAAAAAUCCCAAGCUAUUAAA